AUGGUAUGCACCAGUUUCAUUAGGAGUGUCAUUGUUCAGGCUGGUCAUUUUGGGGUGUUGGCUCAAGGAAGACAGCAGUUAAGUCAUAUUAAGAAGACCUUUAGUGUUGGUUUCGGAUUCAGAACGAGUGCAAAGAUGAUGGUCGAUGCUUCUGCAGGAGAGAAACGUGUAUCGUUAGUUGAUAUGCCGCCUGAGAAAGUUGAUGAUGCUGGUUACAUCGGUGGUGGGUGGAAAAAUGACGAUGGGAGCUUGAGCUGUGGGUACUGUAGUUUCAGAGGGAAAAGGUCUACGAUGGAAGACUUCUAUGAUAUCAAAGCUUCCAAGAUUGACGGCCAAACAGUUUGCAUGUUUGGAAUAUUUGAUGGUCAUGGUGGCUCACGUGCUGCUGAGUACCUGAAGGAACACCUCUUUGACAAUCUUAUGAAGCAUCCACAAUUUUUGACAGACACCAAGCUGGCACUAAGUGAAACAUAUAAACAAACUGAUGUAGCGUUCCUUGAGUCAGAAAAGGAUACUUACAGAGAUGAUGGCUCCACAGCAUCUACUGCUGUGUUGGUGGGGAACCAUUUGUAUGUUGCAAAUGUUGGAGACUCAAGGACUAUAGUUUCUAAAUCUGGGAAAGCGAUCGCGCUAUCCGAUGACCAUAAGCCAAAUAGAAGCGAUGAAAGAAAGCGAAUUGAAAGCGCUGGUGGUGUUAUCAUGUGGGCAGAAAUUUCCCUUAGUUAUGUUCAUCUGGAUUUCUUUGUCAGCCUAGGAGUCUUUUGGAGCAUUCUGGAGCAUAUGGGACAUGAGGAGCAUGGAGGGACUUGGCACAUGGACGCAGCUCAACUGGAUACGCAAAGGAAGAAGGGAGAAGCCAUCUUGAAGACCAGCUCGACCGUCUACUCGACCAACCGGUCGAGUUCCUCAACUCGACCGGCCAAGCUUCAACUCGAUCGAGCUGAGAAGUCAACAGUCAAACCCGAAAAAUGUUGCUUCCCCCUUGACUUUCCUUUGACCCUAAACCUAAUCCUCUUUGUAUUUAAAGGCUAA